AAGACUUUUCCGACAGGAGGCGCUGGAGAUAAUCCUAACAAUGGAUGCGGAUCCUUCCGUGACGACACCAUUCAACAACUUCCGGGGUAAACAUUGAGAGGUCAAAAUCAACAUGGCGGCAAAUAAGCGAGUUCUGUAUGUUGGUGGUCUGGCUGAAGAGGUGGAUGAGAAAGUACUGCACGCUGCAUUUAUCCCCUUUGGAGACAUCAUAGACAUCCAGAUCCCGUUGGACUAUGAGACGGAGAAACACAGAGGCUUUGCCUUCAUUGAGUUUGAACUGGCAGAGGAUGCUGCUGCAGCUAUCGAUAACAUGAAUGAGUCGGAGCUUUUUGGACGGACGGUGAGGGUCAACAUCGCCAAACCCAUGAGGAUCAAAGAAGGUUCUUCUCGACCGGUGUGGACCGACGAUGAUUGGCUGAAAAAGUUCUCAGGAAAGACGAUGGAGGAGGCUGAAGCUGAGGCUGCAGGUGGAGAAACGGGCAGCGCAGCGACAGCAGCUCAGGAGGGUGAGCCGCCGGCCAAAAAGGGGCGAGUUAAUCCUCAGGUCUACAUGGACAUCAAGAUUGGCAACAAGCCGGCAGGAAGACUACGCUUCCUCCUCAGAGCGGACAUCGUUCCCAUGACAGCAGAAAACUUCCGCUGUCUCUGCACACAUGAGAAAGGCUUCGGCUACAAAGGCAGCAGUUUCCACCGCGUCAUUCCUCAGUUCAUGUGCCAGGGCGGCGACUUCACCAACCACAACGGCACCGGCGGCAAAUCCAUCUAUGGCAGGAAGUUUGAUGAUGAAAACUUUGUUCUCAAACACACGGCUCCAGGUCAGCUCUCCAUGGCCAACUCUGGACCAAACACCAACGGCUCUCAGUUCUUCAUCACCAAUGACAAGACGGACUGGCUGGAUGGCAAACACGUGGUGUUUGGAGACCUGGUGGAGGGCAUGGACGUGCUGCGAGCCAUGGAGGCCCAAGGAACAAAAGACGGGAAACCCAAGCAGAAAGUGAUCAUUUCAGACUGUGGAGAAUACGUGUGAAAACAGUUUUCAACUGCUUAUUGGCGUGUGUAAAAGCGUGAAUGUGUUCAUGUAAAUAUUUCAAUACAAACUUUUGUACAGCUCGUGUCAAAUUUAUUAAGAGACCCUGAUAUUUUUGUUUACAGUAACAAAGAUUGAACAGAAAAGAAAUACAAAAAAAACAUCAUGAAAGCUGUUCAGAUCAGAUCAUCUUGAAAAAAAAUCUUAUUAAAAAAAUUCUUCAAAAAAUUCCAUUCCAUAGUUUUCUCAAAAAUUUCCUAAUAAACAUGCAGAAAAGAUUUUCAUCAUAAUUUUUCAUGGCAUGUGAAACUGAAAAAGUCAAAAAAAAAAAACUAUUUCGGAAAGAUUCUUGUCUUGCAUGCUUUUCAUAAAAUUCGGGCAUUUAGAGCACAUUGUUACAAAUUUAUUUGUAUAAACGUUUCUUUAAAAAUGUGAA